UAAACAACAGGACAAGCCUGAACAAGCCUGAACUUGCACAACUUUGGUAUGUUUUUAUAUCGGGAAGUAAGGCCGACAUGGUUCGUGAGGAGCUGGCGGUCCGUCUCAACGACAGAGGAUAUAAAAACUGGCUGAAAGCCGGCCGGUGUCUGCUCAUACUGAAGGAUGGACUGCAUCCCUUCAUCACCCAACGCAUGAAGGCUUUCCACGGAGAUCUGCUCAAUCAAAACACUCUGCUGCGGAAACCGUGUGAGACUUCUUCGUGCAAACCCAGAGGGAAUAAGCUGUCCUCAACAUGCAGUGUGUGUUCAGAGUGGCAGACAGUGAUCCUGAGACACCACAGACAGCCAGAUGUCACAGUGAACUGGGAAAACUGUUUCCUUCCCAACUGCAGAACAGACCACUGGGAACUGGCCAAGGCCUACAUGCCACGGGGUCAGAGGAAAGUGAAGGGGGCAGAUCAAUGUGAUGCGUCUGCUCUACUCAACCUUAUCAACUACUGUGAUAGUUUCCAGUCUGUGGAUCCAACAUUUGUGAGAGAGGUGAUCCGUUACAGAAACGAGUUGAUGCAUUCCUGUGAGUUCCGUGUGAAGGAUGAAUGGAUGAGACGCUACCAGAUGGCUUUGAAAAAGGUCAUGCGGCAGUUCAGCAACGUACCACAGAUGGCAACAGUUGGACAACAGAUCGAGGAGAUGCUGACCGUUGAUUUGUCAAUAUUUGUCUCUGGUUUGGACCGCAUGGAUUCUGCUGUCCAUGAGGGAUUACACUGUGAUUCUGUCAGCCAAUGGGAGACCAGCGCAGACUUAAUUAGCCAAUGGGAGGCUGAGUUGCUACAGGAGAGGCUGCAAGAGUUACUGCAUGCUGCUGCUGAUGCACAGGACACCGAGCAGCUGAAGAGGCUGCGCAGCUUCCUGCAGGCCAACAGAGAUCUGAGCGAGAGGUUUUCUUCAGAGCUCCAAGCCAUCAACUCACUGGAGUCCAGAGAAUAAGGAGUGAGGGAUGAACAAGAGAACGAGGAGCAUAUUGUGCGUUAUGUCUUUAUAUUUACAUAGACCUUGACCGAAAUAGGUCAAGGUCAAAGCAGAUCAAAGGAUUUGUGACAGAUAGUAUGUGCAUGAAAAUAAUGAGAAUGUAAAUUAAAAAAUGUGAACAAA